GAUUUCAUAAACACCAAACAGCAUUGUGGUCCAUGUUAGCCCAUUUUCUAUAUCCCAAAUUGUCAACCGGGUGCGUGAACGAAACGCAACAACAAAUACUGCUUUCUUGUGAAUACGUAAACAAAACACAUUCCAUCGUCAUUUGCUGGUGUAAUUUUAUUACUGAAUUCGCAUGUGUUUUGUGUAUAGAAAUGGCGAAUUACGCCCUGUGCCGGUUGUGUGUAGCAGAAGAUGUUACUUUUAUUAAGCUAACGAAAGGCGAUCCGCUACUAGACACGAUAUUCAAUUUAACAUCGUUGGAGCCCCUGCCAGCAUUAAUCGAAACGAUUGUGCUGUGUGAAGAGUGCCACCAGUCUGUUACACGAUACAGUGAGUUUCGUGUACAAUGUCAACUGAACGAUAUGAUAUUUCGCGAGCGAUUGGAGUUCGAUGGUACGGUUUGCACAGAUGGCAGCUAUAUCGAGGAUGUAAAGGUGGUACUAAUAGAAGUGGAUCAUGCUCAAGGGUCUAAUUUAAUCGACGAAGAGCGUCCGCUGCUCGAAAAGGAGCAUCUAGUUGAACAAAAAAACCCAUUAACGGAGGACAGUGAGAAGAAAGAGGUGCCAAAGGACAAAAAAGGGACGCCAACCGUUAAACAAACCAUCAGACAAACGAGAUCACAGACUAAAUCUGGGACGGGUAACGACCCGGCUAAUGAAAAUGAGACAAACCCCAAACGGAAGCGAAAGUGUGAUCUCGAAACGUCCAACCGCUAUCUACCGUGCGUACAGUGUGGCAAGAUGAUUCGACGGAGCAACAUGCGCAAGCAUGUCGAAACGCACGACCCGAAACCUCCGCAGCUGUUCUGUAUGCACUGUGGCAAAAAGUACCGGAAUGCGGGCCUGCUGAAGGUCCACAUAAAUAGCCACCACACGUUCGAGAGAAAGUACGAGUGCAAUCAGUGUGACAAAGUGUACUUCCUGCAGAAUUCCUUGCGGGAGCACAUUUACGCAAAACAUUCGGAGGUGAAGCGGUACGAGUGUGAUGUGUGCGGGUUAAAGUUUAGCAACCACUCGAAGAAAAAGUACCACUACAUUAUGACGCACACGGUUGCGAAACCAUAUGCCUGCCAGUACUGCGAUAAAGCAUUCAAGCUAAGGAGCGACUUUACGCUGCACGUUCGUACGCACACUGGAGAAAAACCGUUUGCCUGUGAUUUAUGCGGGAAAAGGUUCAACAAAAGCUACAACGUAGUAAUACACAAGAAAUCUCAUAGGAAUGAUGUGAAUCUCCACGCAGGAGUGUAAAACAAAACAUUCGAUCCGGUUCAAGUUGCCCAUAGCCGUGUGUGUAUAUUUUUCUAAAUGUUAUCAAAAUAAAAGAGCGAAAUCAAUAUUUCA